AGAAAUUCAAGACAAAGAUAAACAGAACCGCGGCAAAACAUAAUUUCACAAUUUCUUUAUUUUUUUGUUAAUUUGGGAUGAAAAUGUCGCAUCUAGUCAGAGUUGAAGUUGCGAGACGUCGAAGCGACGUCACAAACGAGGAUCUCGAAAAAUUGUUACUCGAACUGAUUUCCGACAACUUGGAAGAGGCCAUAAUUUUACCAACACAGAAAUUGCUCAAAAUCGGGCACUUGAAAUGUCCCGUGAAGCCCGAAUUGAAGGAAAAUGUCGAAAGUUUGGUGAUCGUCGAUCAACUCGAAGAGUCAAACACAUUCAAAUUUUUCUUUUACGUCGUAAAUACCGAAGAUCCUGACACGGAAUAUUUAAGCACGGAUAAAGAUGCGGCUGAAGUUGAGGCUGGAACGCAUUGGUUGUUGCCAUUUCACGAGUUUGAAGGCUUGUACGAGAGUUUGAUCUACGAAAAAGGGUUGAAAGAGAAAUUUUUGAGUAUGGUCGAGACAACAUUACUUUUCUCGAAAAAGGGUGUGGAUCAACACAUUGUCGCCUGUAAUCGUCUCGCACUGCUUUACGGGCCUCCAGGCACAGGAAAAACCUCUCUUUGCAAAGCCAUCGCCCAAAAAUUGGGAAUUCGCAUGCAAAAAGAAUACCAUUUCACGCAUUUGAUCGAAAUAAAUUGCCACAGUCUCUUCUCGAAAUGGUUCUCGGAAAGCGGCAAACUCGUAAUGCAACUUUUUGGCACAAUUCUCGAGCUAAUUGAGAACCCGACGUCCCUUGUGAUUGUCCUGAUUGACGAAAUCGAGUCAAUUGCGUAUUCGCGAACGUCCGUAAGUAGCGCCGAGUCGACAGAUUCGUUGCGUGUCGUGAACGCCGUACUCACGCAACUCGAUAAAAUCCGAAAAUAUCCAAAUGUUUUGGUAAUGACGACCAGCAACGUCACGCAAUGCAUCGAUCAAGCGUUUUUGGAUCGCGCUGAUGUCAUUCAGUACAUUGGCCCGCCCAUCGUUGAAGCAAUUUACGACAUUUAUUCGCAAGCCUUGCACGAAUUGCGUCGUGUUGGGAUUCUCGAAGCAUUUUCUGACCUCAUUCCGAUCGAUUUGCUGAUCGAAGCAGAGAAUAAUGAGCCGUUAGUGCACGAAGUUUUGAAUGCUGCGCGAAUGAGUUUUGGUUUGAGUGGCAGAACUAUUCGAAAAAUGGCGUUUUUGACUCAUGCUCAGUUUCAGCAGAAGGAAAAAAUUGACAUUAUGGAGUUUGUGGUAGCGAUGAAAGAUACGAUUUUGAAGCAAAUUGCUGAGAAAAGGAAUGUUAAUAACAUGAUCGAAGUGACUGAGGAUCAAUAUUUGAACGAAAGUCAGUUGAUAGCGAUGGAUCCAAAUAGUUACAAUAUCGUACAAUUGAAUGGAAUGACGUUAAAUGGACAUUAAUUUGAAGCUUUCAGGUUUGAAAAUAUUUUAAGUCAAAAGAAAAUUUUAUUUUUUUGCUUCAGGCUUCAGAUUUUUGGCUUAAAAAUUAAAAAUUAAAGCUUUUUAAGAUAAUUUACUU